UCUUCCUCUACUUUCUUCCUCCUCACCACAGUCAAUCCAUCGCCAUGGCACAGUUCCCACCGGUAUUCCGCCGUCUACGACGUCCACUCCGACGAGGCCCCCUACCACGUCUCCUCGCCACGAUCACCAUCGCCCUCGUCUCCUGUGCCGUGGGAUUCUACCUGCUCCUGGCGUACCCGCUGGCGGACGAUCCCCGACUGGUGCCGGCCAGCGUGCAGCGCGCCCGCCACAUCCUGCUGGUGACCGCCCACCCGGACGACGAGACCCUCUUCUUCAGCCCGACCAUCCUCUACCACCGCACCAACCCCGAGGUGACUCGCGCCCUGCUGGUCCUCUCCUGCGGCAACUACAACGGGCUCGGCGACACCCGCCAGGAGGAAAUCCACCGCAGCUGCGACCGUCUGGGCAUCGCGCCGGAGCGCUGCAUCGUCCUCGACCGGGGCGACCUGCAGGACAACCCCAAGGUCUGGUGGGACCAGGAUCUCAUCCGCGAGGUCGUCGCGCAGUACGUGCAGCAGUGGCACAUCGAUCUGCUGUAUACCUUCGACGACGGGGGUGUGUCGGGGCAUGUGAACCACCGCGCUGUGAGCGGGGGUGUAAGAAAAUUCAUCCAAACCACCCCCACCGCCCCGCCCGCCUACAUGCUGCAGAGCGUCUUCCUGCUGCGCAAAUACGCCUCGUUGGUGGACUUGCUGCGCACCGCGCUGCCCUUCACCGGGCGCAUUCUCCGCGCGCUGAUGGUGAGCCCCGAACAUGAUCCCGGUCUUGCGGUCGCAGGCCGCUACGAGGACACGGCGCUGCUGGUCAGCUCGUGGGAGACCUACCGCGUGGCGCGGACGGCGUUCGCCCAGCAUGCGAGCCAGUACUCGUGGGACCGCGUGUUGUAUCUGGUGGCUAGUCGGUAUAUGUGGUUCAAUGAUCUGGUGCGCGUGCAGUAGCUUUUCAGCUUGUAAAUUUCAUGCAGUGGUUGUUUAGAGGGGGUGGUUGAUUUUGGGGAGUAUACUAGGUACGAACUACCGGGUCCGGGAUUUAGGGCACUGGAGGGACAACCACGAGUCUACAGAUAACGAUCGAUACCACGAAUAUGAACAAUGAGCUAAUGUACAUAACAUCCCUCGAGAACUGAAACACGAAGCUACACCAUCUUCCCCUCGGACUUGGCCGCCUCCGUGCGCGUGGGAUCCGGUCGUCGCGCGGCGCGUCGCCCCCGCGCCACGCAGAAGCAGACGGCCCCCACGAAGGACAGCAGGAACACCACGAUCACGAGGAAGGAGAGGCGCUGGUCGCAGUGCGCGAAGAACUUGAUCCACCGCGCAUCCCGCCCGUGCCACGACGAGGUGCCCAGGUGCUGGAACAGCGGGGUGUUGACG